CUCCACCUUCUUACUAUUUUCCCCCCACAUUGCAAGCAACUGUAUCAACACUAGCAUGAUUUGCCAGAUUUCCUCCAGCAAAACAAGGAAACGUGGCAAGCCAAUCAGAAAAAUAAAGAGAAGUUCUGGCAGGGGAGAUGGCUUUUUGCUGGGUCUUGUGUCCAUUUUUGAAACUCCCCUCUCUGCCUGCUUCAAUAGGCUUCUGUGGGAAUAGUUCAGUAUGCUGGGUCCAGAGGAAUCCCCCUCGGAAACAAGAGAAAAGGGCUUAAUUUUGACAGAAAGCGCUGGAACCGUUUGCUUUCAUUACAGUCCUGCCUAGUUCAGCAGAACACCAAGCUGUGCAGGUUAACACUUUUUCUGUUUUGCUGCUCAGAGAAGUCAAGUCCGGCCACACGGACAAUGAACUCCAGAAAACAGACAGUUCUGUUAUGGAUCUUCUCUCUUGUUCUCUUCUCGGUGGUAGUAGCUGUUUACUUGGACUGCAGGGAUGGAACACUGGUGUGGAUAUACAACAACAAGAGCCUAAAGAUCGCUGAGCUAAAAAAUAGAACAGAACACUGGCUGACCAUGCCCGACUGGUUCAACCCCUGGAAUGCAUAUGCUAAUCAAGAACCAAAUGGGAUAUCCUUGCCCCAGUGGUUUAAUCCAAGCGCUCGCAUGAAUGUGCGCACAUUGACUUCUUGGUCAGCCCCCAUCAUCUGGGAGGGAACCGUCGAGAGAUCAGUUUUAGAGGAUUAUUACAAGAAGAAGAAAGUCACAGUUGGCUUGACAGUUUUUGCCAUUGGGAAGUACCUAGACAAAUAUUUGAAGAACUUCUUAACCUCAGCCAACACCUACUUCAUGCCUGGCCAAAACGUUAUCUUCUAUAUUGUGGUGGACAACCUCUCAGGAGUGCCCUUGAUUGAGCUGGGUCCGCUUCGGACACUGAAAGUCUUCCAGGUAGAAAAGGAGAGCCGGUGGCAAGACAUCAGCAUGAUGCGCAUGAAAACCAUUGCAGACCUCAUUGAAAGCCAGAUCCGCCAUGAAGUGGAUUUCCUCUUUUGCAUGGAUGUUGACCAAGUCUUUGAGAGCAACUAUGGAGUAGAGACUCUGGAUGAAUCAGUGGCACAACUCCAAGCUUGGUUUUAUAAGGCAAACAGGGAAUCUUUCACCUAUGAGAGGAACCCUGAGUCAGCUGCAUACAUCCCUUAUGAAGAGGGGGACUUCUAUUAUCAUGCAGCGGUGUUUGGUGGCACCCCACAACGCAUUUACAACCUUACCAGGGAAUGCUAUGAAGGCAUCCGAUAUGACAAAGAGCAUAAUUUGGAAGCCAUUUGGCAUGACGAAAGCCACUUAAAUAAGUACUACCUCCGGAACAGGCCCAGUAAGGUGUUAUCUCCAGAAUAUUGCUGGGAUUAUAAAAUUGGUUGGUCCUAUGACAUUAGGAAUAUAAAGUUAUCCUGGAUGCCCAAAGCAUAUGAAGAAGUCAGAAAUAACUAACAUGUCAGCAUUCCUGAAAGCAAAAGGUGUUGGCUGGUCAUUUUGAGCACAGAACAUGUUCCUCUGGCAGUUUGAAGAAAAGAGAAAAGGAACAUUUGCCAAAGUAUUUUAAUUCAGUAAACUGGGAAGUUCCCCAUCUUCCUUCCAACAUA